AUGACGCCCUUGUUUGUGGUGGUCGAGAAGAGUGUGGGAAGGAGGGUUGGGUGGGGAGGGUCCAGCAAAACCUAUGAGAACAGUGGGAGUCAGGGGGUGUUGCUGCACGAAGGUCGCUGCGGCGUAUAUAACGCAGGAGAGGCUGGGCAUGGGAGGAACCGUCUGCAGGAGUCGCCGCCGUCAACACCACUCAGGAGGACCAUGAAGCUUGUGGUAAUCGUCGCGGCGAGCCUGGCGGUGGUGUCGGGGACGCGGAGUCAACCCAGGGUGGAGGAAAAGGACGCUGAGUCCCUGCCGUUCCUGAAGGAUCUGCCGCGCCCCUGGGUGCUAGAGCAGGUACCCCCGCCCGGUAGGAAUAGGAAGAGUGAGCCCACCACACGGCCUCCCCUGCUGAAGGAAGCCCCGCAGUACUACUACCCUUACUACUACGUGCCGCUACCCUUCCAGAAGUAUCGCACGAAGGACGGCGUGGGCGUGGCCGUCCAUCCCGGGGGCGCCACGUCAUUCGUCUCUCCUCAGGUGCACGGUGUUGGGAAGCGAUCUGCGAAGCCUUCUGUAGUCGUACGUCGGAGUCCCGUGCCCGUGCUGCCACCCUACAUGUACGACCCAUGGCGCUAUCCCUACUACCCGCCCUACCGCCCCCUCGUCCUGCGCACCCCUCCCUUCCCGCCACGUAAUUUCGUCUAUCACAAACAGACGCACAAGCAGUCUCCGCUGACCUCAGAACACGGCUAUAGCUACGGGUGGUGAGAUCUGAGAAGCGGCGAGAUGGCGAAGAGAAGGGUUAGA